AUGAAAUGGUCAGAUAAUCUUAGGAAUUGGGAUAGACAUAAGAUCUACCGAUAUGUGAUUUUAUUAGGGUUGAGUCUGAGUGGUGAUGGAUGGUCAUACGAGGCUUCAGUCAUCGCUUCGAUCAUCCAAAUGCCAGCUUGGAUAACUCAUCUAGGGUAUGAUUCAACUAUAGGUAUACCCGAUAACAAGAACCAAUGGAUUGGUCCAGUUUACUCCCUAGGUCAACUUGUCGGAGGACUUAUAGCGGCCUUCUUCUUAGAUAAUCUAGGUAGGAAACCUACCAUGGUGAUCGGUGCGGUCUUGAUGGAGUUGUCGACGGCAUUGUUGGUUUGGAGUGGAAGUUUCGCGAUCGUGAUCGCUGCGAGAGUUAUCGAGGGAUUUAGUAUUGGUUUCUUACUUUUGGGUUAUCAAAUCUACGCUGUUGAGAUCGCUGCUAAGGAAGAUAGAGGUUUCGUAUCUUCUUUUUCACUUAUGACUGGUAAUUUCUUUGGCUUGUUGGCUGCAGGAUUAGUCUUAAGCUUGGUCCUUCCAAUCGUACUGAGACAAAGGACUAGAGCUUAUCGCUUGAGUAAUACAACAGACGGUGUAUCCUAUUCUACCACUAAUACGGGAUGGCGAGCAGCUCUAGGAAUCACUUUCAUACCUGCAACAUUACUAUUACUAGUUCUACCUUGGGUUCCAGAAUCCCCCCGAUAUCUAUUCGAGAAGGGAAAAGAUCAAGAAUGUAGAAGAGUAUUGAGCAAGUUGCAUGGUGGACAUGUAGACGAGGGCGAGGUGGUCCUAUCCGAGGCGGCUGAAAGGGAGUACGAAGCUAUGAGAGCGGCAAUAUCAUGGGACCAAGUUCAUGGACAAGACAAAUGGUCCGCCCUAUGGAAGACUAAAGCGGCGCGAUACAGAUCUUUCGUGGCUUUCUCCUCUCAGUGCUGGUGGGCAUGGAACGGUCAGAGCAUAUUCACCUAUUACUAUACCAAGAUCUUCAGUGCUGCAGGGAUAAUCGAUCCACAUCUCCAAUUUGGUAUAUCAGGAAUCCAAAAUGCCACUUGGUGCGUUGGGGGAAUUGUUGGUGGAUAUCUCUUAGAUGUAUGGGGUAGAAGAACGAAUUAUCUGAUUGGGAUAGGUCAAGCUGCUAUCAUGUUGAUUAUCCAGGGUGCAAUCACUAUUGGGAUUUUUGAUAAGGGAAUUGAAAAUAAGGCUGCUGGCGCUGGGUUUGUCACGGUGUAUUUGAUUCAGUGGUUCCUAUGGGUUACAUUCUUUUCUCCUGUGGUUAAUAUGCUUCCUGCAGAGAUCUACUCGGCAGGUCUUCGAGCGAGGGGUUAUGCGAUAGCCAAUGUCUUCUCGAUGGGCAUGGGGCUCGCCACGCAGUACUCUGCUUUACCAAUGUAUCGACACAUGCACGGAUGGGUUUGGAUCUUCUUUGCUGGAUGUAUGAUAUUCGCUUGGCUAGUCAUCUUCUUCACUUAUCCAGAGACUAAGGGAAUGACACUAGAAGAGGUGGAGAUCGUCUUUGGUACGGGCGCUGGACAAAGGGUUAAAGCGGCUCUUGGAAAGGCCUCUCCUGUUGAUCCGAUGACACCGGUACAUUUCAAACCCAACGAAGCGGUUGAAGACGAAAGUGAUAAAGGUGGUUCGGAGGGGAGCCCCAAACAGAGUACUAGGGAAGUCGUUGUAUAG